AUUUGUUUCUAGGUGUUGGCUGCCAAUUGUAGAGUGCAAAUGAAAAGUUACAGAUUGGUGGCUUCGUUAACAAAAUUUUCAGUUAUUUGUGUAGUUGAAGACGGGAAUUUGUUUUGCGUAUAAAAAGUUAACACUGCGUAACAAAGUUCAUGAUUUAUCCAUACUAGAGUGCACAAAAUAAACGCCGUAUGCAAGCGUGAUCAUCCAAGGCUCAUUAUCCGACUAAGCUACUGGCCAGCUUAAAAAAAGUAAGCCACCAUCUAACGAGAGCGAAUCGAAUCGACUUGGACGACCGACCGACCGACCGCACAAAGAAGGAUCUAUCUGGAAAGCCGGCUAGCCGAGUCCCGCAUCCGAUUCCGUAUACGAAUACGUAUCCGUAUCCGAAUCCGAAUUCGUAACCGAAUCCUCAACCAAAUCAUCCCAUAAGGACGCCGCUGUCUCCAACGAUCACAAGAUGAAUGAACUAGACAGUCUCAGGCAGGAAGCCGAGUCCCUAAAGAACGCCAUUCGGGAUGCCCGGAAGGCGGCCUGCGACACAUCACUGUUGCAAGCGGCCACCUCGCUGGAACCCAUCGGCCGCAUACAGAUGCGCACCCGUCGUACAUUACGCGGCCAUUUGGCGAAAAUCUACGCCAUGCAUUGGGGCAACGAUUCAAGGAAUCUCGUAUCAGCCUCACAGGACGGCAAACUGAUCGUUUGGGACUCGCAUACCACGAACAAAGUCCAUGCCAUUCCACUGCGAUCCUCGUGGGUGAUGACCUGUGCGUACGCCCCAUCCGGUAGCUAUGUGGCCUGCGGUGGCCUCGACAACAUGUGUUCAAUUUACAACCUAAAGACGCGCGAGGGCAACGUCCGGGUGUCCCGUGAGCUGCCCGGUCAUGGUGGCUAUCUAUCGUGCUGCCGCUUCCUGGACGACAAUCAGAUCGUUACCAGCUCCGGUGAUAUGUCGUGCGGAUUGUGGGAUAUCGAGACGGGCCUGCAGGUAACCUCGUUUUUGGGCCACACCGGCGAUGUGAUGGCCCUCUCACUGGCGCCCCAAUGCAAAACGUUCGUAUCCGGCGCCUGCGAUGCGUCCGCCAAGCUAUGGGACAUCCGGGAGGGUGUCUGUAAACAAACCUUCCCCGGCCACGAAUCCGAUAUCAAUGCGGUCACAUUUUUCCCGAAUGGGCAGGCAUUCGCCACCGGUUCGGACGACGCUACCUGUCGAUUGUUCGAUAUCCGUGCCGAUCAGGAGUUGGCCAUGUAUUCGCACGACAACAUCAUAUGCGGCAUCACAUCGGUGGCAUUCUCGAAGAGCGGACGUCUGUUAUUAGCGGGCUACGAUGAUUUCAACUGCAAUGUAUGGGACACGAUGAAGGCAGAACGGUCUGGCAUACUCGCUGGCCACGACAACCGUGUAUCCUGUUUGGGCGUCACCGAGAACGGCAUGGCGGUGGCAACAGGAUCGUGGGACUCCUUCUUGCGUGUAUGGAACUAAAAACAAAACAGAAACAGAAACAGCAGCAUAAGCAGAAACAGAAACAAAACAAAACAAAAAACAGAGAAAACCAAACAAACAAAGAACAACAAAAAAAGAGGAAAAAGAAAAAGAACUUCAAAAUGCAUUAAAGGGUGGGGUGGGGUGUCAGGUCAACGGUUGCGCAGUCUGCGGAUAGUGUUUCACCCAUCAUCUACAUUGUGAUCUAAUGUAUAUGAUUCGGUGUUACCGCCUCUGUGGUAAAUAUUAAAUGAGUGCCGGACGUUUUGAAUAUGUGGGCGCAGCUAGUUGACUAGAACGUAGACCACAACAACAAAGAACUUUAUAUACAACAUUAUUUAUAUUGCUAUAUACUUAUUAACUAAAAUUAUACAAAAAAACAAAAUAAAACCAAAAAAAAAACAACAAAAAACCGAAAAAAAAACCGCAGACAUACGCAGCAACAUACAAAUAGACAUACACACGCAUACAAGAAUAUUAUUAGUGUAAAUGGAAAAUUGAGAAAAGAAAAAAUGAAAAACCAAGAACAAGCGAUCAAGAAAAAACCAAAACGAUAAAGAAAUUGAUGGAGUAACACGAUCGGCCCGCUGAUAGUCAGAAGAGUCAGAGUCAGUUGUUUAGUCAGAAUUCCGGUUACAGCUACAGUUUAAAGCGUACGUAAAUUAAACUUAGUUCAAAUCGCAUUUCAGCGGUGAGUGCGUGCAGCUGGGAGCACAAGGCUGCCAGCCCCUGGACUCCUGGCAUCCCGGUCCUGGUCCUGAUCCCGCAUCGGAGCCCGCAUCCGAGUCCCAGGAGCCGCAGGCGUGGUGCUGGCCAGCCAGUCAGUCAGUCAGUGAGUCAGUCGUUUGCACUUUGUAAAAGAAAAAGAAGAUGGUAUCAUUGUAAUCAUGUAUGUCAACAAGUAAAUACAUAUUCUUUUGCGUAUAAUACAUAAAACUUCAGAAUGUGUGGAUGUGGAUGAUCCUGAUGCAAGGUGGGAUGGUGGAGAAGUCAAAUAAAGUUAAAGCAUUUAAAAAAAAAAUAAAAAAUGAAUCACGGCAAACCUAAACGUAAAGCAAAACAAAAAAGAGAAAGAAAAGAAGAUGACGAUGGAGGAAACCAAACAAGAAACAAAAACAAAAAUUGCGUAAUAAACUUUAUAAAUCAAGUAAUGAAAACAAAAGAAAACAAAAAAAAGUAAAGAAAACACUAUAACAAAUUUUUGUCUUAUUAUGUUUAAGUCCCUAAUUUAUAUACAAACAAAAAUAAGAAUGAUUUAAAUAACAUAUAUGUAAACUAUGCAUUAGUGAAAAAGUGGAAAACUAUUUAUAUAUAAUAUGAUGGCCAUAUAAGCUAUAACAAUAAAUUGAAAAACACCUUUAAAUCUUAUAAUACAUUUAUAAAUGUUUAACAAAAUCUUAACAAAUACAUUCAUAGAAUUGCGGCAGUAAGGGCAUUAAAGCAUUAAAGCAUCAUGGAAAUAAUUUGAGCAUUCACCUCAACUCAACUCACCUCAACUCACCUCACCUCACUACUCUUACUCUAAUUGCAUACUGUUGAAUUUUUGUUCAUUUUAUUCUUAUCCUAAAUUCCUAUGAGGUUUUACAUAUAUGGCUUAUAUGAGGUUUGAAAAUGCAGCAAACGAAACGAAACGAAGCGAAGCAAAACGAUUGUAGAAUGCAAACAAAAAACUAAAGCUUAUAUUGUGAAAAUACUGAUAUUGUCUUGCUGUCUUACGAAUAUACUGAAUCAUCAAGUUCUUAUCUA